AUGGUGCUGGGCUGCUCGGCUGCCUUCACGGACCUCCUGCUGCCGGGCCCCGAGGAGCCAGUGGUCAACGUGGCCGUGGUGUUUGGGGGCACGUCCUACCCCCUGCACAUCCGCUCCCGCCUGAGUCCCCAGAGCUUCCUGGACAUGCCCCUGGAGAUCCACCCCAUCACGGUCAUCGUCAACAACACCAACCCCAGCACCCUCCUCACCCAGAUCUGCAACAUCCUCGCCAGCCACAAGAUCCACGGCAUCGUCUUUGAGGACAACGUCGGCACGGAGGCCGUGGCCCAGAUCCUUGACUUCAUCUCUUCCCAGACCCAGGUCCCUGUCAUCAGCAUCAGCGGGGGGUCUGCUGUGGUCCUGACCCCAAAGGAGCCCGACUCAGCUUUUCUGCAGUUGGGUGUCUCCAUUGAGCAGCAAAUCCAGGUGAUCUUCAAGGUGCUGGAGGAAUAUGACUGGGGCUCCUUUGCUGUCAUCACCAGCCUCUACCCGGGCUACAACAUCUUCCUGGACGUCAUCCGCUCCUUCACGGACGCCAGCUACUUCGGCUGGGAGCUGCAGGAGGUGCUCACCUUUGAGAUGAGCCAGGAGCGGAGUAGCUCCAGGACGCAGCGGCUCCUGCGGCAGAUUGAUGCCCAGGUCCUCAUCGUCUACUGCUCGCGUGAUGAGGCCGAGUACCUCUUCGACAUGGCGGAACAAGCCGGCCUCGUGGGGCCAGGCUACAUCUGGAUUGUGCCAAGCCUGACAGUGGGCAACAUGGAGGUGCCACCUGCGUCGUUCCCUGUCGGCCUGAUCAGCGUGGUGACGGAGAGCUGGAAGCUGAGCCUGCGGCACAAGGUGCGAGAUGGGGUGGCCAUCAUCGCCAUGGGGGCAGCCAGCUUCUUCCGGGCCCACGGCUACCUCCCGGAGGUGGGACGGGACUGCUGGGCUCCCGCUGGGGCCACUGUCACCAACACCAGCUUCUACCGGCACCUCCUCAAUGUGACGUGGGAGCACAGGGACUUCUCCUUCAAUGAAGGUGGCUACCUGGUCAGGCCCACCAUGGUGGUGAUCUCCCUCAACCAGCACCGGCUCUGGGAGAUGGUGGGCAAGUGGGAGAAAGGCAUCAUCCACAUGAAGUACCCGGUGUGGCCCCGCUACGGCUCGUUCCUGCAGCCCGUGGUCGAUAACCGCCACCUGACGGGGGCCACGCUGGGGGAGAGCCCUUUCGUCAUCGUGGAGAACACGGACCCCAGCACCGGGGUCUGCGUGCGUAACACCGUGCCCUGCCGCAAGCAAACCCUCUCCUCCCAUAGUGGCAAUGGUCUCGUGGAUCCCUACACCAAGCUGUGCUGCAAGGGCUUCUGCAUCGACAUCCUGAAGAAGCUGGCCAAGGUGGUGAAGUUCUCGUACGACCUCUACCUGGUGACCAACGGCAAACACGGCAAGAUUGUCCGCGGGGUCUGGAACGGCAUGAUUGGUGAGGUGUACUACAAGCGCGCGGACAUGGCCAUCGGCUCCCUCACCAUCAACGAGGAGCGCUCCGAGAUCGUGGACUUCUCCGUGCCCUUCGUGGAGACGGGCAUCAGCGUCAUGGUGGCCAGGAGCAACGGCCCCGUCUCCCCCUCCGCCUUCCUGGAGCCCUACAGCCCGGCCGUGUGGGUCAUGAUGUUCGUGAUGUGCCUCACCGUGGUGGCUGUCACCGUCUUCGUGUUCGAGUAUUUCAGCCCCGUCGGCUACAACCAGAACCUCACCAGCGGCAAAAGGCCAGGAGGUCCCUCCUUCACCAUCGGCAAGUCGGUGUGGCUGCUGUGGGCUCUGGUCUUCAACAACUCGGUGCCCAUUGAGAACCCCAAGGGCACCACCAGCAAGAUCAUGGUGCUCAUCUGGGCCUUCUUCGCUGUCAUCUUCCUCGCCAGCUACACCGCCAACCUGGCUGCCUUCAUGAUCCAGGAGCAGUACAUCGACACCGUGUCGGGGCUGAGUGACAGGAAGUUUCAGAAGCCGCAGGAGCAGUACCCCCCCUUCCGCUUCGGCACCGUCCCCAACGGCAGCACCGAGAGGAACAUCCGCAGCAACUACCCCGACAUGCACACCCACAUGGUGAAGUACAACCAACGCUCCGUGGAGGAUGCCCUCACCAGCCUCAAAAUGGGGAAGCUGGACGCCUUCAUCUACGAUGCGGCGGUGCUCAACUACAUGGCGGGCAAGGACGAGGGCUGCAAGCUGGUGACCAUCGGCAGUGGGAAGGUGUUCGCCACCACGGGCUACGGCAUCGCCCUGCAGAAGGACUCGCGCUGGAAGCGGUCCAUCGACCUGGCCCUGCUCCAGUUUCUGGGAGAUGGUGAGACCCAGAAGCUGGAGACAGUUUGGCUGUCAGGGAUCUGCCAGAACGAGAAGAACGAGGUGAUGAGCAGCAAGUUGGACAUCGACAACAUGGCCGGGGUUUUCUACAUGCUGCUGGUGGCCAUGGGGCUGAGCCUGCUGGUCUUCGCCUGGGAGCACCUCGUCUACUGGAAGCUGCGUCACUCUGUCCCCAAGUCCCACAAGCUUGACUUCCUCCUGGCCAUCAGCAGGGGCAUCUACAGCUGCUUCAGCGGGGUGCAGACCCUGGCGAGCCCUGCGCGGGCGCCCACGCCCGAGCUGAGCCCUGGCACAGCCUCGUCCCACCGGCAGCAGCCAGGCAGCGGAAAACGGCGACUCAUUAAACCGGGGAUAAUUGGGAGCCAUCAGCCUGUGCCAAGGCUGGAGCAGAGCACCAGAGCUGCAGUUACUGCAUCCCGCUGGGGUUUUGGGGUGCUGGGCAUGGAUGGCGUGAGCUCAGCCCCAUCAGUCACGGCCGUCCCCUCCAGGACGCUGCGAGAGGAGGAAGGGGGUGGGAAUAGAAGCCAGACUAAACCAGACAUGUGA